GCGGCGCCGGGAGGGGCGCGCACGGCGGCGCGGCCGCCCGGCCCAGCAGGUGACCGCGGGCCGGGGCCGAGCCGGAGCGAAUCCCGUGCGGGCGGCGCGACUGGGAGACGGCUCUCGGGGUCCGCGAAGUUUGCCGGAACAUGGCGGAGGAGCCCGGGGCGCGCGGGAGCGCGGCGCGGCGGCGGCCGGGGCCCCAGGAGCUGUAGCCGCCGCAGCCGCAGCCGCUGCCGCCGCGGGGCGAGGUCGCCGCCAUGGCCCGCUGGAUCCCGACCAAGAGGCAGAAGUACGGGGUUGCGAUCUAUAACUACAACGCCUCUCAAGAUGUGGAGCUCUCCUUGCAGAUUGGAGACACGGUUCACAUCCUGGAGAUGUAUGAGGGUUGGUACAGAGGAUAUACCCUCCAGAAUAAAUCUAAAAAGGGGAUCUUCCCUGAAACGUACAUCCAUUUGAAGGAGGCAACCGUGGAAGACCGAGGGCAGCACGAGACCGUGAUUCCUGGGGAGCUCCCGCUGGUCCAGGAGCUCACGUCGACGCUGCGAGAAUGGGCGGUCAUCUGGCGCAAGCUCUAUGUGAACAACAAGGUCACACUCUUCCGCCAGCUGCAGCAGAUGACAUACAGCCUGAUCGAGUGGCGGUCCCAGAUCCUGUCUGGAACCCUCCCCAAGGACGAACUGGCAGAGCUCAAGAAAAAGGUCACAGCCAAAAUCGAUCACGGGAACAGAAUGCUUGGGUUAGAUCUGGUGGUGAGAGAUGACAAUGGGAACAUACUGGACCCAGAUGAAACCAGCACCAUUGCCCUCUUCAAGGCCCAUGAAAUGGCCUCAAAAAGGAUUGAGGAAAAGAUCCAAGAAGAAAAGUCAGUUCUUCAGAACCUGGACUUGCGGGCCCAGUCUGUCUUCAGUGCUGUCCACACCUAUGGCCUCUACGUGAACUUCAAGAACUUUGUCUGCAACAUUGGGGAAGACGCUGAGUUGUUCAUGGCCCUCUAUGAUCCAGACCAGUCCACCUUCAUCAGUGAGAAUUACCUAAUUCGUUGGGGCAGUAACGGGAUGCCCAAGGAAAUAGAGAAGCUUAAUAACCUCCAAGCGGUUUUUACAGACCUCAGUAGCACAGACCUCAUCCGGCCCCGCAUCAGCCUCGUGUGCCAGAUUGUCCGGGUGGGCCACAUGGAGCUGAAGGAGGGCAAAAAGCACACAUGUGGGCUCCGAAGACCUUUUGGAGUAGCAGUGAUGGAUAUCACUGAUAUCAUACAUGGGAAGGUGGAUGAUGAAGAAAAGCAGCAUUUUAUUCCCUUUCAGCAAAUUGCAAUGGAAACGUAUAUCCGGCAGAGACAGCUAAUCAUGUCACCCCUGAUAACAUCCCAUGUGAUUGGGGAGAACGAGCCACUCACUUCAGUCUUGAAUAAGGUGAUAGCAGCAAAGGAAGUGAAUCACAAAGGACAAGGACUUUGGGUAUCUUUGAAGCUUUUGCCGGGUGACCUCACACAGGUUCAGAAGAAUUUUUCGCACUUGGUGGAUAGAUCAACUGCCAUUGCCCGAAAAAUGGGAUUUCCUGAAAUAAUACUUCCAGGCGACGUGCGGAAUGAUAUUUACGUCACCCUAAUCCACGGGGAGUUUGACAAAGGGAAAAAGAAGACGCCGAAGAACGUGGAGGUGACCAUGUCUGUGUACGAUGAGGAGGGCAAGCUCUUGGAGAAAGCAAUUCAUCCUGGUGCUGGAUAUGAAGGCAUCUCAGAGUACAAAUCAGUAGUCUAUUACCAAGUCAAGCAGCCCUGUUGGUAUGAGACUGUCAAGGUUUCCAUUGCUAUUGAGGAGGUUACUCGCUGCCAUAUACGAUUUACCUUCCGGCACAGGUCAUCUCAGGAAUCCAGAGAUAAAUCAGAACGGGCCUUUGGCGUGGCCUUCGUGAAACUGAUGAACCCGGACGGUACCACUCUGCAGGAUGGGAGGCAUGAUCUGGUGGUUUAUAAGGGUGACAACAAGAAAAUGGAAGACGCUAAAUUCUAUCUGACCCUACCGGGAACCAAGGUCGAGAUGGAAGAAAAAGAGCUCCAAGCCUCCAAAACCCUGGCCAACUUUACCCCGAGCAAGGACAGCACAAAAGACAGCUUUCAGAUCGCCACCCUCAUUUGCUCCACAAAACUCACCCAGAAUGUUGACCUGUUGGGCUUGUUAAAUUGGCGUUCCAACUCCCAGAACAUUAAACACAACUUAAAGAAGUUAAUGGAGGUGGAUGGAGGCGAGAUUGUUAAGUUUUUGCAAGAUACACUAGAUGCACUUUUUAACAUAAUGAUGGAGAUGUCAGAUAAUGAAACCUAUGACUUCCUCGUGUUUGAUGCACUGGUGUUUAUUAUCUCACUGAUAGGAGACAUCAAGUUCCAGCAUUUUAAUCCUGUCCUUGAAACCUACAUCUACAAGCACUUCAGUGCCACUCUGGCUUACGUGAGAGUGGUCUCUGCCUUUUCCAUGAUCAGGUCAUGGAAGCCUCCUUUCUGUCUGGUUUACGAGCUUCUGACUCGGAAGCAGCUAGCAUGCGGCCCACCUCACCAUGGCAUUGUAUGUGGCCUGUUUUCCCCACCUCUGGUGUCCCAGCCACUGUGCAGAGCAAGGAAACUCUCCAAGGUACUGAACUUUUAUGUGGCGAAUGCAGAUGACUCCAGCAAGACAGAAUUGCUUUUUGCUGCUUUGAAAGCCCUAAAGUACUUGUUUCGAUUCAUCAUCCAAUCCAGAGUACUCUACUUGAGAUUUUACGGCCAAAGUGAAGACGGAGAUGAGUUUAAUAAUUCAAUCCGCCAGCUCUUUCUCGCUUUCAAUAUGCUCAUGGACAGGCCCUUGGAGGAGGCCGUCAAGAUAAAGGGAGCAGCUCUGAAGUACCUUCCUAGCAUCAUUAACGACGUCAAACUUGUGUUUGAUCCCGUGGAGCUCAGCGUGCUCUUCUGCAAGUUCAUUCAGAGCAUCCCUGACAACCAGUUAGUUCGCCAGAAACUGAACUGCAUGACCAAGAUAGUGGAGAGCAAUCUUUUCCGGCAGUCUGAGUGCAGAGAUGUGCUGCUGCCGCUGCUGAUAGACCAGCUCAGCGGCCAGUUAGAUGACAACUCCAGCAAGCCUGACCAUGAGGCCAGCUCGCAGCUUCUGAGCAACAUCCUGGAAGUGCUGGACAGGAAGGAUGUGGGCCCCACUGCGAUGCACAUCCAGCUGAUAAUGGAGCGGCUGCUGAGAAGGAUCAACCGCACCGUGAUUGGGAUGAGCCGACAGUCUCCCCACAUUGGGAGCUUUGUUGCGUGCAUGAUUGCCAUCCUGCGGCAGAUGGACGACAGCCACUACAGCCACUAUAUCAGCACUUUCAAAACCAGACACGACAUCAUUGACUUCCUCAUGGAGACUUUCAUCAUGUUUAAGGAUCUGAUUGGAAAGAAUGUCUAUGCCAAAGACUGGAUGGUCAUGAAUUUGACUCAGAGCCGAGUUUUCCUCCGUGCGAUAAAUCAAUUUACCGAGGUUCUCACGAAGUUCUUCAUGGAUCAGGCAAGCUUCGAACUUCAGCUCUGGAACAAUUACUUCCACUUGGCAGUAGCAUUUCUCACCCACGAAUCCCUUCAGCUUGAAACCUUCUCUCAAGCCAAGCGUAACAAAAUUGUCAAAAAGUACGGGGACAUGAGAAAGGAGAUCGGCUUCAGAAUCCGGGACAUGUGGUAUAACCUGGGUCCCCACAAAAUUAAAUUUAUCCCUUCCAUGGUGGGUCCCAUUCUUGAGGUCACCCUGACCCCUGAGGUUGAGCUCCGGAAAGCCACCAUCCCCAUUUUCUUUGACAUGAUGCAGUGUGAGUUCAACUUCAGCGGGAACGGUAAUUUCCAUAUGUUUGAGAACGAGUUGAUCACUAAGCUGGACCAAGAGGUGGAAGGAGGCAGAGGAGAUGAACAAUACAAGGUCCUUCUGGAGAAACUCCUCCUAGAACAUUGCCGGAAACAUAAGUACCUCGCCACCUCUGGAGAAGUGUUUGCAUUCCUGGUCAGCAGCCUGUUAGAGCACCUGCUGGACUACAGAACCAUUAUCAUGCAUGACGAGAGCAAGGAGAACCGCAUGAGCUGUACUGUGAACGUGCUGAAUUUUUAUAAAGAGAAGAAGAGAGAGGACAUAUACAUAAGGUACUUGUACAAGCUGCGAGAUUUGCACCGAGACUCUGAAAACUACACAGAAGCUGCCUACACCCUCCUCCUCCAUGCCGAGCUUCUGCAGUGGUCCGAUAAGCCCUGUGUACCCCAUUUGCUUCAGAGGGACAGUUACUAUGUCUAUACCCAGCAAGAACUUAAAGAGAAGCUGUAUCAAGAAAUCAUAUCAUACUUUGACAAAGGCAAAAUGUGGGAGAAGGCCAUCAAACUGAGCAAAGAGCUGGCUGAGACCUAUGAGAGCAAAGUAUUUGACUACGAGGGCCUCGGCAACCUGCUGAAAAAAAGAGCCUCAUUUUAUGAGAACAUCAUUAAAGCAAUGAGGCCUCAGCCUGAAUACUUUGCUGUUGGAUACUACGGACAGGGCUUUCCUUCUUUCCUCCGGAACAAAAUCUUCAUCUACCGGGGGAAGGAGUAUGAGAGGCGAGAAGACUUCAGCCUGAGGUUGCUGACCCAGUUCCCCAAUGCCGAGAAGAUGACCAGCACCACGCCCCCGGGAGAGGACAUCAAGUCGUCCCCAAAGCAGUACAUGCAGUGUUUCACUGUGAAGCCAGUGAUGAGCCUGCCACCCAGCUACAAGGACAAACCAGUUCCGGAGCAGAUCUUAAACUACUACAGAGCUAAUGAAGUGCAGCAGUUCAGAUAUUCCAGGCCAUUCCGGAAAGGAGAGAAGGAUCCAGACAAUGAAUUUGCUACCAUGUGGAUCGAAAGGACCACGUAUACAACUGCGUACACAUUUCCUGGGAUUCUCAAGUGGUUUGAAGUCAAACAAAUUUCAACAGAGGAAAUCAGUCCCCUGGAGAAUGCCAUAGAAACCAUGGAGCUCACCAAUGAGAAGAUCAGCAACUGUGUUCAGCAGCAUGCCUGGGACCGAGCCCUCUCUGUGCAUCCCCUCUCCAUGCUGCUCAGUGGCAUCGUAGACCCGGCUGUCAUGGGGGGCUACUCCAACUAUGAAAAGGCUUUUUUUACAGAAAAGUACUUGCAGGAGCAUCCCGAAGACCAGGAGAAGAUUGAGCUGCUGAAGCGACUGAUAGCGCUGCAGAUGCCUCUGUUGACGGAGGGGAUCCGCAUCCACGGGGAGAAGCUCACAGAGCAGCUAAAGCCGCUUCAUGACCGCUUGUCUUCUUGUUUCCGGGAACUCAAGGAGAAAGUGGAAAAGCUCUACGGUGUUAUAACCCUGCCGCCCACCUUGACUGAGAGGAAGCAGAGCCGCACGGGAUCUAUCAUACUACCCUACAUCAUGUCAUCCACGCUGCGGAGAUUGUCCAUCACCUCAGUGACUUCCUCGGUCAUUUCCACCUCUUCUAACUCAUCCGAUAAUGCUCCUUCCAGACCAGGAUCUGAUGGGUCAAUGCUGGAGCCACUUCUGGAGCGCAGGGCUUCAUCAGGUGCCAGAGUUGAAGAUCUGCCCCUCAAAGAGGACAGUGAGAACCGGAUCAGCAAGUUCAAGCGAAAAGACUGGAGCCUCAGCAAGUCCCAGGUCAUUGCAGAGAAAGCGUCAGAACCUGAUCUGAUGAGCCCAGCCCGAAAAGCACAAAGACCAAAGAGUCUCCAGUUGUCGGACAAUCGGCUGACGCCAUUUCAUGGUUCUUCACCUCCUCAGUCGACGCCCCUGAGCCCACCUCCACUCACUCCUAAAGCUACCAGGACCCUCAGCUCCCCGUCUUUGCAGACAGAUGGGCUGAUGACUACUACUGUCCCGCCUCCCCCUCCCCCAAAAAGCAAGCCCUACGAGAGUGGCCAGAGGAACUCCGGAGAGAUUGCCCCUCCGCUGCCGGUCCGCAGAGAAGCCAAAUGCCCACCUCCACCUCCUCCCAAAGCCCGCAAAUCUGGCUUCCUUGCUUCUGAGCCCGGAUCCCACUAAGGGUCUUGCCAGGUCUCCAGAACUCUGAACACCUUGAACAGCUGACGCCUAAGAGGAGGCCCUUUCCUCGCUCCCCGGGGCUCCUUGCUGACCCCCUUCCUGAUCUGGGGUCAGCUGUGCUGCCUCCAAACUGGUGGUUCUUUGAAAGGCUACUGUGAAGCCUAAGCACUGCCCCCACUCCAGUCCGCAUGAAUUCCAGAAUUGGUCGUGUCCUCUGUCUUUCUCAAAGGAGAGAUCUCCCUCACCAUUAUUAAAUUCAGCCUCCAGCCCAGAGCUGCUGCAGCCUACAGACUCCUGGCUACGUUCUUCUGUGGAGGUCGCAGAGCAACCCCAGGAACCUGUACCUUGGAAGGAUUUCUUGCUUUGCUUGUGAAAAGCUCUGCUUGAGACUUGAUUUUCUCACGUGGACACACCAUGUCUCGAAUAACAUUGGAAAAGACGCGCCUCGAGUACUUCAGUAGUUGAAAUAAUUCUACCUUUCUGAUGUCUGCUUAUGUCUUCUUUAAGGAAAAGAACAUCUUUGUAAUGAAGAUUGGUAACUUUCACGUAUGAACAGCUAUCAUUGGUGAAAAACCAUGGACUCGACUGUGGGGUCUGAGCUCCUGCCACCCCCCCUCCCCCACCCCAGACGUGUGGCACAGGAACCCUCCUGGGAGUCCCUCACACUCUCAACUAACCAACCCUCACCACACCAUGUCACUCCUUCCUGCUACAGACUCCCUUGAAGCUCUUUCUUUUAACUCUUCUUAGCUCACAUCACUGGACAGAAGGGACUUCGAAGCCCGGGUUCAACAGCUUCUCUUCCAGAUCCCAUUUGGUUGGCUCAGCGGCCCGUCUCUGCCACCUGAUUUUACCCUGGAGAAUAUAGUGCAAUAUCUCCCUUUGAUUAUUUAUUCCUCGUGAUUGUGGAAUUAAUUUGAUUACAUGUUCAUGGUACUAAGUCCGUAGUCCUUUCGGAAGAAGAAAUGGGCUGAUUCAGAUGAUGGGAUAUUACAUACACCUACACGAACCCCACAAAGUUAGAGACAUUUUGAGCUAGAAGGGCCCUAACUAAAGGUCAUACAAACAACCCCCUCGUUCUGUAGACAAGGAAACUGAAGCUAAACACAGAACAUCUGCCUGCAGAUUCUUACUAACAACCCAGCUCGCUAAUUGAGGCUCUAUCCGCAGGUAACACUUAGAUCGAGAAGACAACCCUGACGAACUCCGUGAUGAAUUCCUACCUUUAGAUGGGACAACAGUGGAAAUGUCCCAGAUGUUUCUAUACUACUUUGACAUAGAUGGCAAAGUAGAAAGCUUUUUGUGGGUCCCCUAGGUCAGCAUGUGGGGAAGCUCACUGGGGUCCCUUCCGUAACUGGGCCCGGUCCUCUUCCCCACCCACCCUGCCCUGAGGUAGAGAAAAGAAAGAGAGUUCACCUCCAAAGACCCGGAUAUGCUGGCCUGCGUCUUGGUAUACGUAUUCCAACACCACCCCUCUUAGAAGAGCCCUACUUGUGCUUCAUAGAGGCAGGGACAUACAGACCUCAGAGGCAUGGCCAGCGUCCCACAAGCAGUAAGCGUGUGGAUUUAGAAGUGGUGAGGGAAGGGCCGCUCUCCGCUUCCACUCAGGGCAACCUUCAAGGGGCUACACGAGAGAGAAGCCGGGUUUUGAAGUAAACCUUUUGGUCUCCAGCCAUCCCAGCUGGGUCACCUGUUAACUUUGCAGACUCCCUCAACUGCUUGCCUUCCGAAAUGGGGAUGAGGACCUGCCACACCGAUAAGGUUCAAUGAGAUUGACUGUGUGAAGCAGUAGGUAUGAAGUGGUCUUUCCUUUCCUCUGCUCGGCCUGAGUAAGAUCUGGAAUUCUCUUGAGAGCAUUAUUGAUCUUCUCCCCCACCCCGAGGUCAUUUGGAAAGUGAGUACAAGUUAACUGAGCACAUACAGUCCGUUUUAAAAAGAUGACAUCUUUUGGAGUCUCUUACAUAAUUAUUUAUGACUAAAGGAGAAAUGUUAAUAAGAACCAAAAAGGAUUUUCAUGGAGAGAACGCAACGACGAGAAGGAAUGGAAAGGUUCUACGGGCCUUCUGUGGAGCCCAGAGCAGCUUCUGAAGUUGCCUCGCCCACUGGCUAGUGAGGAUCUGUAGGCCUCCCUGACCCUAUUUUUCAGUCUGGCCUUGGAAAUAGAAAGAUGUAAGCUGGUCGCAAAAAUGCCAAACCGCAGGCAUGUCCCUUCAGAGCAGUGCAAGUGAGUUCUGCGGUGUGGGCUUCGAUCAGGGGCUGGGGAAGUCGGAUGCGCCAGUGCACGAAUACCUACCCUUUUUUAACAGAACAUAUUUUUCCAUCUGAUCCCCCUUCCACCUUAAUGGAAAUACUGGGUCUCUCCUGCCCGAAUAGAAAGGAUUCUAGGUAAUGGUGUGGAUUCCAGAUUGCAGGGAACAUGGGGGAAGCCACUGGGUCAGAGGCACGUUUGACAAAAGGUGAUAAAUCCUGUCCUGAAGUCAAAGAGGAAGACUGCAAAGAAAUGCCUUAUGAUUACCUUACAUAUGGGAGAGAUAAGGGUCCGGGAAUAAAUGAGGAAAGAACUGGUCUUUAUUUUCUUUGUUAAGAACUCCGGAGUAUAUUGAAAGGCAUUGAAAGUAGUCCUCAAACUGUCACAACUGCGUGGUUAUUAUUAGUUUAUGGAAUUCUUUUUUUUUUUUUUUUUUUUUUUUUGAGUCCCUUAUUUUCUCUCUCUCUGUUCUGGUGACUUGUCUUCCUUUGAGAUUUUUUUUCCCCCUAAGAAUCACUUUAUUCAACAUUUAUUAAGCUUUUAUUGAAAUCCAGACACCAUACAAGACCCGCAGGAUAUGGCAAUUCAGUGUGUCCAGUGGGAACAGCCUGGUAUGCAGAGACUAUAUUGUGCUGUGUGGUUAGCAAGAGAGUGGGAUUAGGGGAGAGCGAACCCCUCAGUAAGGCUGCUGGGCCAUGGGCCUCCCCUUUUCCACCUCCCAUCUGGAUUCCAGAAUUGCAGUCAGGGAGACCCAUGAAAAAUGCAGUCACCCUGCAGAUCCCUGAGGCUAACGAGAAAUAAAGAGGAAUUUGAGAUAACAAUCACCUUUGUUAACUUUUUCCAUGCUGUGGGAGGCCUUCCCCUCUACUGGCCCCCAGAUCAGGGGGUGAUUUCUCCCUUUAAAAUUGAGGCAUGUCUUAACAUACAUAUGGUCAAGUGCACAAAUCCUGGGAGUAUAGAUGGAUGAAACUUGACCGAGUCCUACACCGUGUCACACCCUCAGAUCCAAAUCUAGACUGCCUCCAGAGCCCCGGAAGUUUCCCUUAUGUCCAUGCUGUCCUUCUGCAACAGGCAUUUAGAAGGUUAUUCAUAGCUGUAAUUUCCUUCCUCUUGCUGGUGGGGUAUAAUGAGAAAAGGGGGAAACCCCACCAUCAACACAAAACGGGACAGUCAAGACCAUGGACCUUUUGGCAAGUCCAUUUAUAGUCCGUCCCUGGGCCUCAUUUUUCUCAUGUGAAGCAUCUAUAUCCAAGGCUAUGCGAUUUUUAGAAUCCUUGCGCCCUCGCUUUCUUUGAUUCUAAGUGAAUGAGAAAGGGAGUCUGAAGGCAACGAAGUUUCCAUACAGUGGAUUUUAGGUGCACAUGCUGUUGGCCGAGUGGGAUUUUAAAAUUAGUUGGCAAAGGUAAGUUCCUCUUCGGGUGGGUGGAGCGGGGAGCCUCCAGUUCUAACCUACAAAAGGAAAAAGGUAGUUUUCCUUUUAAGUUGAUUAUUUCAGGCUGAUUCUUAUAAUCCAGCCAGUGCUGAUCUCCCACAAACGCUGCCCCAAAACUCGUCUUUUUGUCAGAUUUUGUAAAUUGUUCAUCCAGACUUUGUCAAGGCUCUGUUGCCAGGAUUUUGUAAACUUUGGGUUUCAAACAUGGACCAUUAGGAAGAUGUGCAUCGAGGUAGAAAAAUUUUGUUCAGAUUUGCUGUUAUUUAUUUUUUAAAUUAAAAAUGAAAAUGUAUUUUGAA